UUACUGGGGACAGGACAUUUUAACAGUCUACUUCUUUGGACUUACCUUUGCAAGCUGAUAGUAAUGACACAAUUCCAAAGAUAAAGCACCACGUGACUGCGACUUAAUUUUGGCUGUUUGCGGGGUUCUAAUUCUGGCAGAAAGCUCAGCCUCAGCAGCAACGAAACCGAACUCUACGUCCCCGGGGGCCAGGGCCGAUGCCAGGGCAGUAGUACAGUAGACAGUAGUCACUAGUGGUGUCGCUGGAUGGACAAUCGCAGGCGCAGUUCAGCAGCAGCUGUCUCAUCUCAUUUGGAAUUAUUGAUUGCAACAAAGGAGGAUGCUGUCAGAUUGAAAGUUUAAAAUAUUUUUACUUAUUUCACUGAAUUGAGCCUGAAGAGUAGACUAUGAAUCAUCAUCCAAGACCUCCAAUAGCCUUCAAAUCUCCUGGUCGCCAUGGAUACGCAGUGGAGUUUUCUCCAUAUCUUCCCCAGCGCCUUGCUGUGGCAACGGCCCAACACUAUGGUAUUGCUGGAACUGGCACUCUAUUCCUGAUCGACAUCACACCCGCUGGUGCCGUCCUCCUGGGAACAUUUGACUGGAAGGAGGGCCUGUUUGAUCUGACAUGGUCUGAGAGCAAUGAGAGACUCAUUAUGACAGGGAGUGGGGACGGGUCCAUCCAACUCUGGGAUAUUAACAUCCCAGCUGAACCAGUCAAAGUAUUCAAGGAACAUGGUCGAGAGGUCUACAGUGUGAACUGGAAUCAGACCCGGGACCAGAACUUUGUCCUUUCCGCUUCCUGGGACAAGACCAUCAAGUUAUGGGAUACCAACCGGGACCAUUCUCUCCAGACCUUUGUAGGCCACAGACACAAUGUCUACAGUGCCGUCUGGUCUCCUCUUGUUCCCGGGUGCUUUGCUUCCUCAUCAGGUGAUGGCUCUUUGUGUGUAUGGGACAUUCGAAGACCACAGAAACCUAGAUUCCUCAUCCCUGUCAGCAAAGCAGAUGUCAUAUCAUGUGACUGGUGUAAAUAUGAUCAGAAUAUCAUUGUUGCUGGUUCAGUUGAUUGUAAGAUCCGUGGUUGGGACCUUCGCUAUGCAACUAAAGUACUCUUUCAACUUGGUGGACACACACAUGCAAUAAGGAGGAUAAAGUGUUCUCCUCAUAGUAAGACGGUGCUAGCCUCCUCAUCGUAUGACUUCACAGUACGAACAUGGGAUUUUGCUAGGCAGCCUACUCCCCUCGAGACCAUUGAAAAUCAUACUGAGUUUGUUUGUGGACUAGACUUCAAUGUACAUGUGCCCGGACAGUUAGCAGACUGUGCUUGGGAUGAGAGGACCGUGGUGUAUGUUCCUAAAUCUCUCGCUGCUUUUAACACAUGAUGAAGGUGUAUACCUGUUGUAUCCUUGGCUUAACAGCAAAACCCCUCUGGUGUAUUCAUCGUUUGAUCAAUGAUUUCUAGAGAUAUAUUGAUUUGAAUACUUGGCUUAACACCGUCACCUUUGCAGUGUGCUCAUGGUUUGAUCAGUGAGUUCUAGAAAUAUAUUGAUAUAUAUCCUUGGUUUAACACCAAAACAUCUCUGGUGUAUUCCUGGUUUGAUCAAUGAUUUCUAGAAAUGUAUUGAUUUGAAUACUUGGCUUAACACCAAAACCUCUGCAGUGUGCUCAUGGUUUGGUCAGUGAGUUCUAGAAAUAUAUUGAUAUAUAUCCUUGGUUUAACACCAAAACAUCUCUGGUGUAUUCAUGGUUUGAUCAAUGAUUUCCAGAAAUUCAUUGAUGUGAAGACCAAGAGUAGCAUGGGGGAAUGAGAUGAUGAUAUCCUGUGGACUAUUAAAGGUGUUACCUCAUUUCCUCUUGAAUGAUCUCCUGCAAGGUGUGAGUAUGGAUGCAUAGGCAAGCUAGAUGGGAAUGGACUUGAUAGUCACUUAGCACCCAUAUCUGAUGAUAAACUUUCGCUGAUCUAUCAUCCUGUGAGAUUUGAGUAUUGACACAAAGUCUUGUAACAAAGACGAUACCAUACAUACUGUUUGACAAAUUUAUUAUGCGUUUGCUUUGUACCUCACAUGUGUGUGCUUAUCAAUUAUGUUAUCUGUGAUCAACUCUGAGUAUUAGGUGCCGGGUCAUAAUAUGGAUGGCUCUGAUUUGGGCUGAUAUCUUGUUCGGGUUUUUUGUGUAUGAUU